CAGCAUCCUUCAGCUACAUCACACCGCUCUCACAGGUGCUCCACCUCAGCUGAAUAACAAAGCAGGGCAGUCUUUGCCGUGAUCUAAAAGCCUUUGUUUGCUGAAUACUCCGUGGACUCUUUGUGAAGAUUCAGCCAACAUGUCGAUGGGUUUGGAGAUCGUGGGCAUCGCCCUUGGAUUCAUUGGAUUCAUUAUUGCGAUAGUGACGUGUGCCCUCCCCAUGUGGAAGGUGACGGCGUUCAUCGGCCCCAACAUUAUCACUGCUCAGACCAUCUGGGAGGGGUUGUGGAUGAACUGUGUCACCCAGAGUACGGGUCAGAUGCAGUGCAAGUCCUACGACUCCAUGCUAGCCUUGCCUCAGGAACUGCAAGCAUCCAGGGCAAUGCUGAUCAUCGCGAUUAUCCUCGGGGUGCUCGGGAUCAUGAUCUCCAUCGUCGGAGCCAAGUGCACCAACUGCAUCGAAGACGAGGGAGCCAAGGCAAAAGUGAUGAUCAUCUCGGGGAUUUUCUUCGUCCUCGCAGGCCUUUUGGUCCUGAUCCCUGUGUCUUGGUCUGCCAGCGUCAUCAUCCGGGACUUCUACAACCCUCUGGUGAUCAAUGCUCAGAAAAGAGAGAUUGGGGCAUCCCUCUACAUCGGUUGGGCUUCAGCCGCCCUGUGCCUGAUUGGAGGGGCCAUGCUCUGCACCAGCUGCCCGCCCAAAGAGAAGAAGUACAAAGCACCUCGGAUGGCGUACUCUGCCCCACGCAGCGUCAGUGCUACUGCAGGGUACGACAAAAAAGACUAUGUUUAAACCACCCUGCCGGUGAAAGUGUCGGGGAAAUUCACAUGGAAAGUAGUUUGAGUAUUUAUUGUACUUCUGUGUUUGUGUGGAUGUGUU